AUGCAUGCAAAUGUAACAUCUGAUCGAGGAGGUGGCGGCGGUGGCUCUUGGCGUUUGCCACCAGAUGAAACACUACAGGUGCAGGACCCCAAACAAAAGGACCAAGACUUGGAUCUUGAUGAGGGUCACAACUGGCGAAGUAUAAUCUUUUCGCUUUUAGUUAUAAGCUUUGUUAUUGCUGGCAUAAUAACCGCAAUUUAUUUGCUGGGUUAUGUUGACGAACUAUUAUAUUGGUCAGGCAGGCGCAUGAUACUCGAUGAGUAUUUACAAGGUGACCUAACGCCAACAAGACUGCAGCCAGCGUGGGUAACAACCAGAAAGUAUGUCUUCCAAUCGGAUGACGGCGGAUUGGCUGUAUUAAAUACCGCUACGAAUUCGGUUAGCACACUCGUUACCAAUCACACACUUAGACAAUUAAAUGUACGUGGCUAUCAAUGCUCAUAUGAUCUGCGAUACGUUCUCUUUAGGCAUAAUGUUAAGAAGAUUUUUAGAAAAUCAUUUACUGCAUUUUAUACAAUAUAUGAUGUUGAAAACGAUCACCAUAUGCCUGUAAAAUUAAAAGAUUCCCCCAAGGUACAAAGAACAAGACUGCAAUAUGCAGCCUGGUUGGGAAAUUCAACCUCACUCAUUAUUGUAGCUGAUAAUGAUAUAUAUUUGCGACAAUCACCCAUAGAGGAAGAAGACAUACGAAUAACUUUUACAGGCUAUCCAAAUGUGAUGUAUAAUGGUGUGCCUGAUUGGUUAUAUCAAGAAGAGAUUUUCAAUGAGCCUGAAGCUAUUUGGUCAUCAGUCGAUGGUUCACACUUCAUGUAUGCUUCUUUUAAUGACACUAACGUGGGUAUGAUGACAUACCCAUGGCUUGCCUCAGGAGCAGUUAUAUCUGGUAUUGGCAUGUCGUCCGGUAGUUCAUUUCCAGAAACGAAAAAUGUCCGUUAUCCGACACCAGGUACUGUGAACCCAGAAGUAAAGCUGUGGGUAGUAGAUAUUACGAAUUUAACAGAUAUACAGUUUAAUUUACUUAAGCCUCCGCCAUCAUUGGAUGGGCAAGAUUAUUACAUAACUUCAGCUGGUUGGGUUACUGAGCAUAAUCACCAAAUAUCGGCAGUUUAUAUGAUGAGGUCUCAGAAUUAUAGCAUAAUAUCUUCGUGUUUCGCCGAUACGAAUUGGACGUGUGAAGAGAUACACUCAGAACGUGCACCAGAGGACGAAUGGCUAGACAUCUUACCACAUCCUAUAUACGCUCCAGAUGGUAAUAGUUUUUUACUACUGGCUAGCGUUCAAGAAUCUGGUACAGAGCAUUUCACUCAUAUUAAACAUAUAACAAUAACCCAACAAAGGAUAUCUGUUAUUUCUCAUGGCCGUUAUGAGGUAUUGAAAAUUCUUUGUUGGGACACGGUAAAUCAUUUGGUAUACUAUUUAGGGACACAAGACAAAAAGCCUGGGCAAAGACAUUUGUACAUAGUGAAAGAUCCUGUAAACGACGACAGUCGAAAAACUGAACCACAGUGUAUUACGUGCGAUUUGGGCGAAGCUCUUUGGAGUAGUCGUUAUUAUUAUGUGAAUUGUUCGCAUUUCGACGCCUUUAUGACACCAACGUCUUCCAUAGCAACACAAUUCGGUAUCGAAUUUUAUAUAUUGGAGUGUCAAGGCCCCGGAUUGCCUGUAUCAGGAGUGCAUUCACAUAAAACGCACAGUUUAGUAAAAAUUCUAUACGAUACGCGCCCAUUUUACACUGAACGAUUACAAAAAUUGGCACUGCCAACGCAACGUUCAUUUGAAAUACCAUUGCCACACGGUAGUCGCGCCCAAGUGCAAUUAUUGCUGCCACCAAGUUGGAGAGAAGAACUAAGAGAUGCUGCAUUUCCAGUAAUUGUAGAAGUAAAUGGUCGGCCAGGUUCAGAGUCUGUAUCCGAAAAGUUUCGUAUUGACUGGGGUACUUAUAUGUCAUCUCGUAAUGAUGUUAUAUAUGUGCGUUUAGAUGUACGUGGUGCAAAAGGACAAAGUAAAAAGCAAUUAUAUAGGCAUUUAGGUGGUGUGGAAGUUCAGGAUCAAAUUUCUGUGCUUAAAUACCUGCUAGAUACAAUUUCUUUUUUAGAUGAAACCAGAGUGGGCAUCUGGGGUUGGGGUUAUGGAGGUUAUGUUACGUCUAUGGUGUUAGGCACACAACAAGAGGUGUUCAAAUGCGGCAUAGCCAUUUCGCCGAUUGCUGACUGGUUAUAUUACAAUUCUGCUUUCACUGAACGUAUUUUGGGGCUCCCAGCUGAAAACUUUAAAGGUUAUGUAGAAGCUGAUGCUACACAACGAGCUCGUCUCAUUAAAUCGCAUUCAUUCUUCUUAAUACAUGGGUUAGCAGAUUCAACGGCGCCUUAUGUCCAUGGAGUACAGUUAGCGAAAUCCCUAACAGAUGCAAAUAUUUUGUACAGAUAUCAGACUUAUGCAGAUGAAGGACACGAUUUAAUCGGCGUUCUUGAACAUGUUUAUUCAUCGAUGGAACACUAUUUUGCCGAUUGUUUAAGUCUUGAUCCUGACGACACUAAACCGGAUUUGGAUCAAACAAUUGUUCCGACUGAAUAACAACCGUAAAUGUUUCAAGUUGGCAUCGGUUAACUUGAAAUAUCGAAUAUAUAACAAGUGCAUUACUCUAGCAAGUAUAUAUACAUACACGAAUAUGUAAAACCCUAUAUAUAUUAUGUAUAAGUUUUUACAUAUGCUCUUAUAUA